AUGUCCCCGCCUGGCCUGGUGGUGGCGCUGCUCCUCAUCGGCGUUGCCGGCGGCGUGGCCGGCACCCAGAACGCCAGCCUGGCAGCGGCGGGCAGGGGGCCCCGCGACGAGGGGAAGGGGGAGGGGGUGGCCAGAGUGCCCCCCGCCACCGUGGGCGACACCUGCCAGGGCUACUACGACGUGAUGGGGCAGUACGACCCCCCCUUCAACUGCAGCUCGGGCACCUACCUGUACUGCUGCGGCACCUGCCACUACCGCUUCUGCUGCGAGUUCCGCUCCUACCAGCUGCUCCAGGGUGGCUGCAGCAACUACCACAGCCCCGACUGGGCCAACACGCCACUCACCAGCUCCGCCGUCACUGAGAACGACCGCUACGACCCCGCCAAGGACCGCACCAACAGCACCGUCUACAUCAUCUGCGGCGUCCUCACGCUCAGCCUGGCCGUGGGCAUCGGCGUCAAGGUGGCCUUCCGCAAGGUGGCACAGCAGCCCCACGACCUCAACGUCUCCAGAGCUCUGGUAGAUAUUCUCCGGCAUCAAGCUGUCUCAGUGAGUAAUGUGGAGAGAAAUAACCAGACAAACGUGGGCACCAAUUCCUCGCAAAGUGACACCACUCCGCACGUGGCCAAGAGCCAGUACACACCGGUCAAGAUAAGCAAAGUCAAUCAGGGGAAGAGCGCUCUCCGCUGCCUGUGCCGGUUGCUAUGGCAGCAUCUUCACAAGUACAAGACUGGCAAGCACUCCGAGUGCUCAGGCAAUAUGGCAGUCAUCCUGGACCCAGCCCGCAGCCCAACAGACAGACAGGCUCGCACCCCCGCCCAGGCACAGGGCAUCAAAUCCUCUCUGCCAAUCCCCCGAUACCACCAGCGCCAGCACCUCCCCAAAACCAACCCGAACACCACCACCACCGGGGGCCUGAGCCUUCACCUGCCCAGGGGGGACGGAUACUACAACCAGGGUCACCAGGCCAUGAGGAGCCCAACCCACGCCGGGACCCUUCCCCUCGAUCGUUCCCGGCGGAAUAACGUGAACCCUGCCAAUCCCUGCGGGAGACAGAAUGCCCUCCUCACCUCUUGUUCCUACCACAAUCUCUCCCACCUGCCUCCCUCAUACGAGAUGGCGAUGAAACCAGAGCUCAACAAAUAUUCAUCGCUGAAGAGACUCGCUGCCAAGGACGUGGACGAGUACUGCAAGAGGAGGCACCUGGCCGAGGUGAUGGCGAGGGGCACCCUGCCGCUGAGGGCCAUGAAGACCGACCCCGCCGAGGCCCCCGGCCGCGACUUCGCCCCCAACACCCGGCGGGUCAUGUCGCAGGACCGCCUGCUGGGGGAGGGGCUGCCCGCCCUGCCCCCGCUCCCCCCGCCCCGACUCUCGCCCCUGGCCUACGCCACGAUCGCCCGCGGGCGUCUGCUCUCCCCGGACCGGCUCGCCGGCGCCGGCGGUCGCCCCCUCGGCAAGAAGGCCCUGUCCCAGAGCAACGUCUGCGCCCCGGCCGCCGCUUGGCUGGACCGUCACCAGAUCGUCAAGAUGAACUCCCACCCGCCGGCCGCCGGGGGCGGGGGAGCGGGGGGCCCCCAGCCCCCACCCCCGGCCGCCGGCUCGCCCCGCGCCCCCUGGGGCGAGGCCGCCAUCGCCGAGCGGCGGCACGCCUUUGCCGCCAAGCGCCACAGCACCGUCGAGCAGCUCCACUUCAUCCCCGGGCACCACCCCCCCACCGCCAACCAGCAGCAGCAGCAGCAGCCGCCGCCCCUGCCCCCGCUCCCGGCCCCCCAGGCCGGCGGCACCCUCCCCCACCCCACCCCCGCCCCCACCCCCGCCCAGCACCCCCAGGCCCAGCCCCGCACUGGCUCCAAAACCGAGGUCACCGUCUGA